UUUGAAUAAUUUACAGGGUGCUGGUUUGGAAAAUCUUGGAAAUACUUGUUUUCUCAAUUCAGUAUUACAAUGUCUUACAUACACAGAGCCUUUAGCAACAUAUUUACAUACUGGGAAGCACCAAACGACUUGCCGUACUGCUGGAUUUUGUGCCUUAUGUGCCAUCCAAAGACAUGUAACUCGUGCUCUACAAUCAACUGGGAGAAUACUGGCACCAAAGGAUCUUGUCUCGAACUUGCGGUGCAUCUCUCGGAGCUUUCGAAAUGCCAGACAGGAGGAUGCCCAUGAAUAUAUGGUAAAUUUGUUGGAGUCAAUGCACAAAUGCUGUUUACCUUCAGGAGUGCCAAGUGAAUCGCCAAGUGCCUACGAGAAAAGUUUGGUCCAUAAGAUUUUUGGUGGUCGCCUCCGCAGUCAGGUGAAAUGCAUGCAGUGUUCCUUCUGCUCCAACAAGUUUGAUCCAUUCUUAGAUUUAAGUCUUGAAAUUGUGAAGGCAGAUUCCUUGCAUAAGGCACUUGCACAUUUUACUGCCAAAGAGCAGUUAGAUGGAGGUGCGAGGCAGUACCAGUGCCAGCAGUGCAAACAGAAAGUGAAGGCUCUCAAACAGCUUACCAUUCAUAAGGCACCCUAUGUACUUACCAUCCACCUAAAGCGGUUUGGUUCACAAAUAACGGGACAAAAGAUUGACAAACAAAUCCAGUUUGGCCCCACAUUGAACUUAAAGCCUUUUGUCACUGGUCCCUAUGACGAAGAUUUGAAGUACACUCUUUAUGGUGUCCUGGUUCAUGCUGGUUGGAGCACCCAUUCUGGCCACUAUUACUGCUUUGUUCGUACUUCAAGUGGCAUGUGGUACUCCCUUGAUGACAAUCGGGUUGUCCAAGUAAAUGAGAGGAAGGUUUUGGAGCAGAAGGCCUACAUGUUGUUCUAUUUUCGAGAUAGAAAAACAUCUGCUUCGAAGAAGCCUAGUGAUGAUGUUCAGAAACAGAGCAUGGCCCUAAAUGCUAUGGGAAAUAAACCAUCUUUUAGUUGCAACCAGGGAUCAAAGGAAACUGUUCAAAAUGGGCCAUUUGAGAAUACAUUGAAUGCCCUGAACUCUUUUGCGGCUCAGAGAGGUGUAUUAAAUGCACCAGCAUCAAAGGAAGCCCCAAGGAAAGUAAUCUCUUCCAAGAAAAACAAUGGGCCGACAAUGGCUGUGUGGUCAUCGCUGAACAGUGACUCUUUGCCAAAGGUGCCACCACUAAAGGAUUCAAUGAAGGGCCUUUCUGUUCCCAACCUUGAUGGGGGAGAAGGUUUGCCACGAUCAAUUUCAGCUGUUGAAGGUUUUGAUGACAAAUAUAAACUUGAUAGUGCUAUGAUAACAACAGCUGGUGCUAAAAUCACUGGCUGUUAUGUGGAGAGAAAUAAGGAGAAAGAUUUGAGUGACCCUGUUGCUGUGCCAGCAAACUGUAAUGGCAUCCAGACCUCAGUUGCAAACAAAGUUUUGGGUGACUCGGUUACCAUACAAUCCAUCUGCAACAAGGACAAAAUUAUCAAGGAAGAUCUAAGGGACACGGUUACCAUGCCCCCUAAUUGCAAUCUUCCUCACAUAUCCCCCAUAAAUGGGGGUAUCACAGAGAAUGCUUCCUCUUGGAAGAAUGAUAAUAAAGCUGCACUAUUGGAUCCUAAUGAAAAAGCAUCAAAGUAUAUUGAUUCUGUGAGGUUGUCAAAUCAUACAAGCAGGGAAGAUGAUGCCAUUGGAGGCUUCUCCAAAGAGAGUGAUGGUAGUAAUUCACUCCAUGACAAGGCUGGUGAUAUUGGUCGGCGAGUGGUGAGGACUGAAUCAUCAUACUCAUCACGACUACCAAUCACAGCUCUUGAUAGCAAACCCCGCCAAAAACUGAGAAGGAAGCUUCUGAUGAGUCAGAUUAGAAGCAUGCGCCUUGGAUCCUCCUUACUUUUUGGGACAUCAUUAAGCCUGCCAAAAAAGAAAAAACACAAACGCAGCAAACAACGGUCUUCACAAAUCAAAAAUCUCAGUAAGGAACAGUUGUUGGAUAGGGAAGGUAUCACGAUGGAUCUUGGACCAUCAACUUCUGAGAAAAUCAAGACCAUCCCCCUGGGUGGUUCAGCUCAAUCUCAACAAAAAGGGGUGAAAUCGAGGACACAUAAGAAAAAUAAAAGUGUUGUUGCAAAGGAUGUUACAAACACUAACAGCAACCUGUGUUCAAGUACUAUUGAUGAAAAGUUUAAGGAGAGAAUUUGUCAGAAUGAUGCUGUGCUUGCAUCUAACGUGGAACCGAAAAAGAGUUCUAGUGCUGCUUCUGCAGUAAACCACUCAGAUGCUAGAAUACCCUAUAGUUCAAAGGACAGCGGAAGACAAUUGAUGCAGAAAGACUUGAUGAAUAUACUUACUAGAGGUUUGGAGGAGACUAUCGUUGGACGUUGGGAUGAAAUGGAAUUGCCUUCAUCUCAGAUUCCUGAGCCAAGUGGUGUGGAGAGCGUCAGCAUUGGUUAUGUUGCGGAUGAAUGGGAUGAAGAAUAUGACCGAGGAAAGAGGAAGAAAGUUCGAAUCUUUAAGCAUGACUUUGGUGGGCCAAAUCCAUUCCAAGAGAUUGCGACCAAGAAAGCAAAACUAGGAAAGACAAAGAGGGACCAAUCCAGCUCAGGCAACCAACCAUUCAGGAUAUGAAUGAAGCAGAUCUGUUCUGGAGAGCAAGCCUAACUCAUCGGCUUUUUUUGUACUCCAUUGUUCUCAUUGUAUGGCCGCCAGAGGUCACAUCAAUGCUCAAUAAACGAUCCAUAUCCCCAUCGUAGGUGUCCUAAAUUUGUUGUACUGGCUCGAGCGAGAUCAUGCCUAGGAAUGUUUGAGGGAGUAAUCCGAGUUUGAGAAAUUUUCUUAUUUGUUUCCUACUAAGUUUUGUAUCGGUGGGAUCUUUUAGACAUAUUUUUGAUGGGAAUGUUUAUGAUUUUUAGAAACAGUACUGAGCUGUGUGAGCUUUCUUGUUUAAGAAAUGUAUCAAGCUUAUGUAUAAUUUUUAUUUCUGUGAGACCUGUUUCAGAUACUGAUCUUGAGAAUACAUACAAUUAGUUUUACUGAUAUACUAUGCUGGUGAAAAAGGAA